UUGAAACGACGCGCAUUUUCACUUGAUUGCUCCGGUUAUAAAUUUAAAUCACAAUCUGUUUCACGGCCGAAAAAUAGCGAAACAGACGCCGAUACAAAACAAAGUAAUACCGACGACGAAAAGAACGGUGUUUUUUUUUUGUUGUUAUUCGUUGUUGGUUCGUUUAUGUGUUAUAUUAUUGAAUUUGUGUUCUAUCGGCUUUCGCUCAUUCAUUUUUACUAUCGCUUCAUUUGGCUGAAUGCGAUUGGUAGUGUCACGCGUUUUGACUAUGAUUAUCGGUUAUUACUGUUAUCAAAACCUCCGAUUGGUGUGUUAAUGUUGAUGUUGAUUGUACUCGAUCGGGCCGCAAGAAAUGUGCAUCGCAAACGUAAUUCGCAUACAAAUGAGAGAAUGAUUGUCAUUUCACAUUUUUUAGCAAUUCAAUCAUCACCAUUUCGUUUAAUGACACUGAAUUGUGAAUUUAUGACAGCGACCACAAUCGAUCACAUUUCGAACACAAUAUUCUUUUCACAAAAUUAAACAUAAUGCGAUUUAAUUAGACACAGCCAAAAUAAUUCGAUAGAAAAAGGAUGCAAAAAGAUCAUUUCAAUUUUUUCAAAACAUUGAACACAUAAACACGUUUUUGAUAAACGAAAGAAAUUUGAAAAAAAAAAAAAAAAAAUCAAAUAAAAUAUAAAGUGCAAAAAAAUUAAACUUUCUAAUAAAUCUCUCAGUUGAAGAAAUCGUUAAGGAUUUUUGUUUUCUGGUUAGUUUUGCUCAAGUGAUGUCAAAAUUGAAUAGGCCGCGUAAUAGGUUUAUCGAAAACCUGUCGCAAAUGUAAAACUGCACCGCAUCAAACCCGACGGUAAAUGCAUAAAACCGUGCCACUUAUGGCGUUUUGCAAUUAAGCGCAAUUGCAAUUGAAAGUCGUCGAAACAAAACAACAACAAAAAAAGAGUCUCAAAUAAAUAAACCCAAACACCAUAAUUAAUUAGUGGUCCCGUCGCACGGUGUGCGCGAGUGCGCGAAAGACAGAGCGAGCGAGCGAUCGAUAGAGCGAGUGAGUGAAUGAAUGAAUAGUUCCGUUCGCCAUUUAAAUGUUCAUACAGAAAGGUGGUGAUAUGACAACGAUAACAUCGCAUUCCUUGCCAUUAAUUCCAUUGCAACCAAAUCUCGCUUUGUUCGAUAAGCGUUUGUCCGAAGAUAUUUGCACGAUGAAUGGUGUGGAAAGUGUGUUGCCACACAGUCUAAUUCGAUUACCAUCACCGAAACGUGAACAAGCCCAAAUGUCACCACAAGAUUGCUAUGGCAGUGAAAAUAGUCAAAGUAAUUCAAUUUGUGAUAUGGAUCCGCGAUCGAUACCCGGUUUUGAUUCAAAAUUUUCCAUUGGCACACUGACGAUGGACGAUCGAACGAGCAGCGAGGUGGCCCGUUCAAAUUCGGUAUCGUCGUACAAAGGUGAUAAUAACAAUAAAGAUGACGACGAUGAAUAUAUGAACUAUUGCAGUGAUGACAGUGAAUUAUCGGUGGGCAAAGAGGUGGACGAUGCCAUCGACAACAUACGACGAAACAACAAUGAACCAAAAUCUGUAUCAUCGUUUCGAUUGAACGAUACAAAUGCGAUCACACAAAAUAAUACCGCCGCACUAACGACAUUGGCAACAACACCGAAAUUGCCAAGCAUUGUUCGUCCGAAUCCAACGCGACAAGAGGAAUUUUUACGAAAAUCGCAUAUGUACGCCGAGGAAAUAAUGAAACAUCAAAUAAAUUUCAUGACAGUUACCAAAGGUUUGAAUAUUAGCCCAAGAUUAAGUGAUAAUGCUUUUAGUUCGUAUCCAAGACCAAAUGAAUUGAGCCCCAUUCAUAAUGCAACCAUCACGAAUCCAUUGAAAAUCCAUGGUUUUAGCCGCUUGCAGGCCUAUGCAAAUGAUAAUGAUUUGGGUAAAAAAUGGAGUGUUAUCGAAGAUCGAAGCGCUCGAUCGCCAGAAGCAACACAUUUUCGCCAAAUUCAUUCACAUCUCAAUGCAAUAUCAAAAAUAACAUCGGCUCUGGGUCGUGAUAAUAAUACACGCGUUCAAAUGACAUCACCUGCUUAUACUACAUCACGUGAAAGCUCCCAAUCACCACCAUCGUCGAAUGCAUCGUCAAGUGCACGGCACAUGCAUCAUAAUCAUAAUUUUAAUGAGACUAGCUUAAAAUUUAGCAUUGAUAACAUUUUGAAACCAAGCUUUGGACGUCGAAUUACCGAUCCGCUGUUAAAACGAAAUAAACCGGCACGUAAAGGUGGCAAUUCACAUCGAACGGGACGAAUGAGCACAUCCAUUGAUUCAAAUGCAUCAUCGUUGACAACGAAUGACAAGAAAACAUCUUCAGCCGAUCAAACGGCAGCUAAAGCAUUAUCAAAUUCCAAUUCAAAUGCAACCGAGUCGACCACCGAUAAGACAAACACAACAUCAUCAACAACCACAUCAGAAUCAAAUAGCAAAGGUCCAUUAUCGUGGCCCGCCUGGGUAUAUUGCACGAGAUACAGCGAUCGACCAAGUUCAGGAAGAAGUCCACGAGCCAGGCGACCAAAAAAAACGACUGAUAAAACUGUAAACGACGAAAAGCGACCAAGAACUGCAUUUAGUGGUCCACAAUUGGCCAGACUUAAGAAUGAGUUUGCCGAGAAUCGAUAUUUGACUGAACGUCGUCGUCAACAAUUAAGUUCGGAAUUAGGUUUAAAUGAGGCUCAGAUAAAGAUUUGGUUCCAAAAUAAACGAGCGAAAAUAAAAAAAUCAUCGGGUCAAAAAAAUCCAUUGGCAUUGCAGUUGAUGGCACAAGGACUUUAUAACCAUUCGACGGUGCCGUUGACGCGAGAAGAAGAAGAAUUGCAAGAAAUGCAGGAACGAGCCAAUGCCGAAGCGGUUUCAACAAAUAUCUCAAAUAUCCAAUCAAAUGAGCAUGCAGACGACGAUGAUGACGAUGAUUGAAGGAAACAAUUGGUUCACCACUGAUCGCACUUAAUUCAGUCUAGGUUUGCGUAAAUUUUCGUCACAAAUGAAGGGAAAAAGAAAACAAUGCAAUUCUCAAACAGUUGGUACUGAGCGGCGACGAAAUAAAAAUGAAACAUGUACAAAAUGGCUUGCAUAAAACCAUUAAAAUAGUGAUAAAUUACGUAUUAUUAGGAAAACACACAUACACAGUGAAUUUAAUUGACGGCCGAAUUCUUUGUAAAUAUAUAAUUUAAUGAGUUGAGAGAGAAAGAGAAAAAAUUUGGCGUAAAUUAAUUUAAUUGUAAUUGUAAAUAAAUACCAAAGCAAUAAAAGCAUUUCAUUUUUUUUUGUUCGUCGGGACGGUGGGAUCGCAUGGAACUGAUUGUCUGAAACAAAACAAAAAACUAAAUAAAUAAUAAAUUUCUCGAUUGUUUGCAAAUGCCAAUUUACUUCACAGUUUCUUAAAUCAAGAAAUCAAUUCGAAAGAUUAAAAUCACAUAAAUUACCAAACUCACAUUGAAUUCAACAAAUUUCAUUUUCCUCUCACGUGUUGCAUUCGUCGAUCUCUUAAAAUAAUUUUAUCGAAGUAAUUUGAUUUUCCACACACUAAACAAAGAAACAAAAAACCGAUUUUAAAUCGAUAUGCAUAUGGUUGUGUGAAAUGUGUCAUCCCAUAAAUGCAUUUGAAAUUCAAUGCGGUGAUUUUCAAUUGAAAAUAAAAUGAAAUAAAUGAAUAUUUAGCGCACAGUGUAAAUUGCGUGUGCGCCCAGUGUGUUCAUAACAAAAGAGUUUCCAUGUACGCACGACACAUAUUUCAUGUGCAGCAAUCUUUCAAAAUAUUUAACGAUCAACACAUUGUGUUUAAAAUUUAGAUAAGAAUAGCAAUACCAAUGUUUUUAUAUAUACAUGUAUGAAGCAGAGAGCAAGAAAAGAACAAACCAGAGGACUAAACAAAAUAUAUAUGCAUCCUUACCUAUAUAUACAAUGAACAUAACAAGAAAAAAUUAUUGAAAAUCAACGAUAGAAUCAUACGCCUUACAUUUCGUAAGAUAAUGAUGCUUAUAAAAUAAAAUCGUAAAAAUUGAAAUGUGCAUUUCUCGUGUGUGUAUGUGCCAAUCGCAUGACAUCGGAAAAAUAAAAUAUCAAUCGUUUUUGUGGGAGCAAAUUCGAUUAACAUUUUUUAAUAUAUUCGUCAUUAAAAUCCCGACCAUAACAAAAUUCCAUUAUGAAUCAACGGGAUGAAAAAUAUUUUAAUCUCGUGUCAUUUGCUGAAAUUGAAUUUUCCCUCAUAUUCCUCUGAUUCGUUCGUUUCCAAUGUUCCUUUUCCCAUAUUGAUUCGUUUGGUACGCAUUUUAUCCAAUAGCCAUUGUUCUAAAUCAACUUUUAAAAAAAACCAGUCAAACACGAUAAAAACGUUCGAUUUCUAUGAUGAACAAUUAAAUGGAAAUAAACGUGUGUCAUUUGCAAUUUUUAACAUACAAACAAACAUAUAUACAAUAUACAUAUAUUUAUUUUUUAGUGAAAUUAUAUAAGACAAGAGCGAACCAUUUCAUGAGUUUGCCAAACAACUAUUUUGUACAGAUUCAAAAUGCAAAUGUAUUCGGAAAUGCAAUAAAUAACAUAUAUAAAGUUCGUUUUUAAGAAAAGAAAAAAAAAACCUAGCAAGAGACUCCAAUAUGAAUUACUUAAAUAAAAAUAGACAAACAAACAAAAAAAAUCAUCGUUUCAAAUGUUCAACAUGCGAAGCAUACAAUAAUUAACAAAUAAUAAUAAUGUUCAUUGUGUUUUUAAACCAAUCCAAGAAAAGUUUUUAAAGAAUGCGUUCGUAGAUCGAGUGACAACAAUAUUAGAAAUUAUUUCGACUUAGAAAAU